GAAUGCACCCUGCCCUGCUGCUAACUGGGUUGAUUCUGGCUCUGUCCAUCCCUGGCACCACCUCUGAGUCGGCCAUAUUGCGGUUCCUGGGACAGACUGACUUUGUUGUCAACGAGAGCAGCACAGCUGUGGUCCGACUGGUGGUAGAGAGGGUUGGAGACCCUGUCAAUGUGACCGCUUUGGUUCUGCUUGAGGGAGCAGACACAGAUGACUUUGAGGCUAUUAAUGCCGCAGCCUUCCUGCUGUCCACCGAAUCCAGUAAGACCAUCUUCAUCGCUGUGAAAGAUGAUGAUUUGCCUGAAGCCGAUGAGACGUUUACCUUCAACCUUAAACUUCAGAGUUCCUCUAAUGGUGUGACACUGGGAACACCAAACAAGGCGACAAUCACCAUCCUGUCCAAUGACAAUGCCUUCGGAAUAAUUGCCUUCAACUCAACAGAAGAGAUUGUUGUUGAUGAACUCAGACAGAGGAGCCAUUUUGUGCCUUUCACCCUAAUCAGAGAAAAGGGAACAUAUGGGACUGUGACUGUGAACUUUGAGAUCUCUGAUGGUCCCAACCCUGCCAUUGAGGAUCUUAGUCCAGAUAGAGGGAACAUUACCUUCCCUGUAGGACAGGCAGUUGUCCACUUUAAUAUUCUCAUUCUGGAUGACCAGGUGCCAGAGGAGGAUGAAGUGUUUUCAGUGAGGCUAACAGGCGUGGCAGGUGGAGCCCUUCUCAGGACCAAUGCCAGCAGUAUCCAGCUGAGAAUCCGGCGAAAUGACAGCCCUCUGCGGUUCUCCCACUCUGUCUUGGCUGUGCCAGAGUCUGCUGGAGUUAUUGCCCUCAAUGUGACCCGUGGGCGACUGACUGAGGAUGGCCCACUCAUCGGCUCUGUUGACACAGAGGUCUCCAUAGAUUACAUGGUGCUGAGUGGUGAUGGACUGGGUAGUGCCACUCCAGCUGUGGAUUUCCUCGACUUACAACCAGUCCGAACGGUCACAUUCUCUCCAUUUGUUUACAAAACCACCCUCCUGUUCAACAUCACCGAUGAUGACAUGCCAGAAAUAGCAGAAUCCUUCCAUCUUGUGCUGCUGGAGGAGACUAUCAGAGGAGAUGCUGUACUGGUAUCACCCAAUGCUGUGCUGGUGACCAUCGAGCCCAAUGAUAAGCCUUAUGGAGUCCUGUCAAUUAGCAGCAGUGCUCUUAUUCAGCCAAUCAUCAUCAAUGAAGAUCUGAUACAGAGAUUUGAUGGCAUCAUUAUUGUAAGAAACGGAGGAAGCUACGGCACUGUGUCGGCUAACUGGUCCAUAACCAGAAACUCCAGUGAUCCCUCAUCAGUGUCAGUGGAUUUGAGCCCAGAAGAGGGGACAGUGAGAUUUGCUGCCGGUCAAGUGACCGCCGUGAUUCCGAUAAACAUUGUUGCAGAUGACCAACCUGAGGAAGCAGAAGCCUUUCUUUUCAAACUACUGCCGAGCACCGUAACUGGAAAUGCAGAGGUCGAUGAACCCAUGGAGAUGGUGUUCUACAUCCAGGACAGUGACGAUGUAUAUGGGCUUUUUCAGUUUGACCCAGCCAAGGAGCAGAGCAUCCAGAGCCAACCCGAGGGACGGUUCUUGUCGCUAAAUUUUGUGAGAGAUGGUGGCACACUGGGUGAUGUGUCUAUGACCCUUACCGCCCUCUACAUUCCCGCUGGUCCAAAAGAUCCAGCACUGGCCCGUGACCGGGUUCUAAAUGUUAGCAGGACUGUUAAUGUGGUGUUUACCAGAGAGCGGAUGGUCCAUGUCACAAUGCCCAUAAGAAACGAUGCUUUUCUGCAGAACGGAGCCAAUUUCCUAAUACAGUUGAAUACCCUGGAGCUGAUUGACAUCAGUCCUUUAAUUACAACAAACAGCCCGAGGUUUGGUGGACCUCUAAACCUGACCCUAACUGUUACCUCCGACAUUGCAAAUGGAGAAAUCGGCUUUACAAGUAACUCUACAGUGAUUCUUUAUGAACCAGAAGACAGCAAUACCAGCAUGGUGACUCUUCCUCUGCGACGUGAUGGAACGGAUGGGAAGGCCAUGGUGUUUUGGAGCCUUCAGCCAACUGGAGACAACCACAGGGAUGUAACAACUAAUGACCUGAAGCCGCUAAAUGGCUCCGUUGUCUUUCUCACUGGGCAGAGUGAUGCCUUCAUCAAUCUCACCAUCAUGGCUGACGACAUCCCCGAAGUCAACGAAACCUUACGCCUCACCCUGGAUAGGAGCAAUGUUGAGAAUCAGAUCCUGAAAGCAGGCUUCACCAGCAGAGAGAUUAUCAUCAUGGAGAACGAUGACCCCGGAGGAGUGUUUGAAUUCUCCCAGUUCUCCAGAGGUCCAUGGCUUAUUAAUGAGGGUGAAGCUGUGGAACUGCAUGUGAUAAGGGCUCAAGGCCAGCUUCUGAAGCAGCUGGUACGAUAUGCUGUCAUGCCUUCGGGCAGCACUGAAUUCUACGGUGCUACAGGUAUCCUGGAGUUUAAACCUGGAGAACGAGAGGUGGUGGUUGCGCUGGUCGCAAAGCCUGAUGGGAUACCUGAGCUGGACGAGACUUUUUCUGUGGUGCUUAGUAGCUACAGUACUCCACCCAGUCGUCUGGGCAACCACAGGGAGGUCAACGUCACAGUGCGGAAAAACGACGACCCUUUCGGAGUCAUUGAGUUCAUCCAAUCAGGACUGACAGCGGUCAUCAAUGAGAGCAGGGGCACCUCAGAGCACCAGGCUGUGUACGCUGUUGUGAGGAACAGGGGCCACUUUGAAGAAGUGUCAGUAUUUUGGAGUGUGGAGCCGGCCCUGUCCGGAGAUGUUAGGCCCCUCCAGGGAAACAUCACCUUCAGGGAAGGGGAGUUCUUGAAAAACCUCACUCUCAUCUCUGUGCCUGAUGAGAUUCCAGAGGACAUGGAGAAUUUCACCAUCACGCUGUUCAAUGCUACAGGUGGAGCAAGACUGGGAAACAUACUCAGUGCCAGUUUAUGGAUUAAUAAGAAUGAUGACCCCAUUUACUUUUCUGAGCCUGUAGUUGUGCGUGUUGGUGAAGGGGAUGUUGCCAACUUCACCGUGGUGAGGGCCGGGGAAGCUGACUUUGUGGCAACAGUGAUGUAUCGAGUGGAGUACGGGGGCGCCUCACGAGACGACUUUUCGGUGCUGACUAAUGACACACUGUUGGUGUUUGAAAUGGGUGAAUGGAUGAAGAACAUCUCUGUGGCUAUUGAAGACGACGACAUUCCUGAGACUGAUGAGCCUUUUUACAUCGUUCUCUACAAUGCAACUGGUGAUGCUGUUGUGUAUGGAGCAGACUCUGCUACUGUUGUGAUUGAAGCCAACGACGAUGCCAAUGGAAUAUUCUCUUUAGAAUCUAUAGAAAAACCUGUUGAAGAGGGCAAGACCAACAGUUUUUAUGUACUUCGGGCAAGGGGUCAUUUUGGCAAUGUCACAGUCUUCUGGCAGCUGUUUGCCAAUGACUCAGUGACUCCGCUUGAAGAGAGCCAGGAGUUUACGAACACAUCGGGCUCCAUCACCUUUUAUACAGGAGAAGACACCAAGCCUAUUGUACUUGAGGCCAUCUCGGAAAAACUGCCAGAGUUCAAUGAAUUCUUUGUUCUCAGGCUUGUAAAUAUCUCAGGGGGAUACCCAGGGGAGGGUGGACAACUGGCCGAAUCUUCUCUAAAUGUUUCAGUUCUCAUCCCUUUCAAUGACGACCCGUUUGGAGUUUUUGCCAUCGCUGACAACAACCUCGACCAAGAAAUAGCUGAGGAUGUACUCUCUGAAGACGAUAUGGCUGAUGUCACCUCCUUCACCAUUCUCCGACAGCAGGGCACUUUUGGUGAUGUGAGGGUAUCUUGGGAGAUCGUAUCUGGACGCUUCCCACAGGGUCUGCCCCGCAUGGAUGACCUGCUGCUCCUAGCUUCCUUUCCGGAUGAGGUUGAGCUCAGGCCCUACGCAAGGAGACACCACUCAGCAACAGACGCUUGGUUUUUCUCAGGGCUUCCAGGAGCUUUUGGGACCAUCUCUCCCGGAGAUGCACCUGCUGCCAUUGGAAACUUCAGCUUCUCUGCUUGGCUAGUGCCCACACCAAACACUGACGGCUUCAUAGUGUCCAAAGGAACUGAAAAUGGGAGUUUGUAUUACGGAGUAAAGGUCCACACCAAUGAGUCUCAUGUCACAGUGAUGCUGUACUAUACAGCAGUAAGGUCAAAUAAUACCCAAGUGGCCCGGGCCACCGCUGAGAAGUUUGUAGAGGAUAAUAAGUGGCUACAAAUCAUCAUUACAGUUGAUGACGGUAUUAUUGAAUUCUUUUUGGAUGGGAUCUCUAUUCCCGGAGGACUCAGGAGCGUCAAAGGUGAAGGCAUCCAAGACGGACCUGCCCCGCUGUUUGUCGGGUCAGAUCUAGAGGGGGAACAGCGCUACACUGGCCUGCUGCAAGACGUCCGCUUGUACCACACAAAGCUGAACCGCAGCCAAAUCCACGAGCUCCACACUCAGCCUGCUAAAUCAGACCUGCGCAACGUCUCUGGCUACCUACGCUACCGGCAGGAUGAGCGGCAGAAGUCCUUUGUGGUGGAGGUCAGGGAUGAUGAGGAAGAGGAGGGAGAGGAGGUGUUCUAUCUCCAGUUGGUGGGAGCGCAGGGGGGAGCACGCCUCCCCUUUCCCCGACCCACUGCCAUUCUGCGAGUAAUGAAGAGCGACAAUGCAAAUGGGCUUUUCGGAUUCACCGGUGCCUGCAUACCUGAUACUGCUGAUGAGGGUUCCACUAUCUCUUGUGUGAUUGAGCGUACACGGGGAUCCCUGGAUGAUGUUUUUGUAAAUUACACCGUUACCCAGCUGGACAGCUCAGACAGUGACAACCCAGCUCAUCAAGAUUUUGUUAAUGCAACUGGAGCUGUGGUUUUCAUGCCUGGACAGCGAUCUGAGGUUCUGAACCUGUUGGUGUUUGAUGAUAAUCUCCCAGAGCUUGCUGAGUCUUUUCAAGUCACACUGGUGUCAGCAGAAUCUGGGGAUGGGAAGCCAGGAUCCACCCCCACCAGCGGAGCGAGCAUCGACCCCGAUAACUCGGUUAACACUGUCACUAUCAGAGCUAGUGACCAUCCCUAUGGCCUGCUAGAGUUUCAGUUCAGCUCUCCAGAAGAAGGUUUUAUCUCUCCAGCUUUAGAACCUGCCUACGUUACCGUUAAUGAGGAAGAUGGACAGAUCAGUCUGCCUGUUGUCAGGGCUCAAGGCCUUUUGGGAAGGAUCAUGGUUGGAUACAGGACAACCCCCUUCACAGCAUCCAGCCCUGAGGACUAUGAAGAAGCAGAGGGCAUGCUGGACUUUUUUCCUGGGGAGAAAUUGAAGUUCAUCAAUAUCACCAUUGUAGAUAAUGCUGUUCCUGAGCUGGAUAAGAUUUUUAGAGUGGAGCUUUUCAAUGCGGAUGGUGGAGUGGAUCAUUUUCUGCAUGGUGAAGAGAGUGGUAGUGGGGAGAGUGACUAUGACUUCCUCCCUCCAUCCUAUCACCACCAUGCCACCCUGGGAAUUGCAUCACGCAUCACAGUCACCAUUGCUGCAUCUGAUGAUGCCCAUGGAGUGUUUCAGUUCAGUCCUCAAUCUCUGUUUGUUAAUGGGACAGAACCUGAAGAUGGACAUAACACUGUGGUCCUGCAAGUGGAUCGUUCCUUUGGUGACCUCUCCAAUGUCACUGUGUACUGGGAAGCUGAUUCCAGCGCAGAGGGAGAGCUCCUCAGCAGAUUUGGGAAUAUCACCUUCGGCGUAGGGCAGACAUCAGAGAACGUCAUCAUCGGUGUAGCCCAAGAUAACAUUCCUGAAUUGGACAAGAGCUUCACUGUUUCCCUGAUUAAUGUGUCACAUGGUCGCCUGGGCGUCAACAGCUCAGCUACUCUGACUGUUCUCGCCAGUGAUGAUCCUUAUGGUGUCUUUGUGUUUGCAAAUGCAACGCGGUCUGUUCGACUUCCUGAAGCCGAUGCAACUGUGUCACUCACCAUCCUGCGACAGAGAGGCUUAAUGGGUCAGGUGCAAGUCACAUACAGGACACUGAACGAGGCUGACCCGCAGCCCUACAGAACCCCCGGAGUGGGCCGAGCCACCGAAGGGCGGGAUUUUAUCUCCCUACUCGAUUCUGUUGUGUUCAUGGCCAAUCAGAGUGAAGCAAAUAUAACCAUUCGUGUGUUAGAUGACGACGACCCAGAGAGAGAUGAGUCUGUGUUUGUGAAGCUGCUCAGCGUUCAGCUCAUCCAGGGGGAGCAGGACAGGCUCAUCAUGAAUUCCCCUUCUCUGGGCUCGAGCGCUGAAAUAGUUGCCCAGGUGAUAUUGGAGGCCAGCGACGAUGCCUUCGGAGUCCUUCAGCUGUCAGCGUCUGCUGUCAGUGUGGCAGAACACUAUGUUGGACCCAUAAUAAACGUUACACGUGUUGGGGGGAUUUUUGCUGACGUUUCUGUGAAGUUCAGAGCCGUGCCUUUGACUGCCAGAGUCAGUGAAGACUACAGUGUAGCCUCGACGGACGUGGUUCUCUUAGAAGGGGAGUCCAGUAAGUCUGUGCCCAUAUAUGUUAUCAAUGAUGUUGUCCCUGAGCUGGAGGAGACUUUCCUCAUCGAGCUGAUCAACCAAACAACUGGAGGAGCUCUCCUGGGAGAGCUCACACGUGCCAUCAUCACCAUACUGCCUUCUGAUGACCCUUUUGGUGCCUUUGUCUUCCAGGCUCUCCCAGUUACAGUGGAAGAACCUGGCUCCAACUCUGUGGAAGUCACGUUGCCAAUUGUGCGCAAUGCUGGUACCAUAGGCACAGUGGCAGUUCAAUGGAGGGCCACCGUAAACGGUAAAAUCGCUGAAGGAGAUAUCAGGCCCACAUCAGGAGAAGUUACAUUUGCUCCCGGAGAAACCAUGAAGACACUGAAAGUGGAGAUUUUAGCUGAUGAUGUACCUGAAAUAACUGAGAUCAUUAAAGUGGAACUGACUGGUGCCACUAAUGGAGGAAGCUUGGGAGCUGAUACAUCUGUUAACAUAAUAGUGCCUGCCAAUGACAACCCGUAUGGGACAGUUUACUUUGAACAGUCUGUUUAUCGUGUUCAGGAGCCACUGGAGGGAACUUACAGUGCUAAUAUCUCUGUCCGCCGCAGAGGUGGAAACUUUGGCCGACUGGAAAUCACAUACAGCACCUCUGAGAUAGACGUUGUUGGCUUGGCUCAAAGUGAUAAUCAGAACCUAUUAAUGUACUACAACCCCCCAAAGCUGGGUGUUCCUACUUCUGCCCCUCAGAUGGGAGUUAAUAUUACUGGUCAAAAAGACCCUAUGGCUGUGUGCGCUGCUGCUUGUUUAAGAGAGCGUGCAUGCCAGGCCUUCUCUUUGUCAUCAAGCAUGACAGAGCCAUCCUGCUCCUGGGUGACGUCAGGAGCUGACCAGCUGACCUCUAAAUCUCAAGUUUUUACAUAUGUGAAGAAUGUCACCGCAGCCGCUGUCUUGUUCAGCGCCCAGGCGGAGGCAGGAAGUGAUUACACUCCUGUGAUUGCUCAGAGUGCCUUCAUGGAUGAUAGAUCAGGGGUGUCUAACCUCACAGUCCUAAUUUUAACAGACAAAUUCCCUGAAAUGGAUGAAAGCUUCUCUAUACAGAUAUUAAAGGUAGAGCUGGUAAAUUUGACUGUGCCACAAAAGGACCUCCCCUCAGUUGGCCAACCGGACAAAGCUACAGUAACAAUAGGGGUGAAUGGAGAUGCAUUUGGCAUAUUUUUGAUCUACAGCCUCAGUCCCAACGCCACCGAUGAGGGCCUCUACCUCGAAGUUCGUGAAGAGCCUACAGUUGUGGUGCCACUUGUGAUAGAGAGAAGAGGAGGAAAUCUAGGCACCGUCACUGUAGAGUGGAGAUUUGUUGGAGGAAAGGCCAUACCAGACGCUGACUUCACUGGGACUGGAGGAACUUUAGUGUUUGAUGGUGAACUUAAGAAGACCAUAAUGAUUGCUAUCAGGGAUGAUGCUGAGCCAGAGGACAAUGAAAGCCUCAUGAUUGGUCUUGUUAACACAGCAGGAGGAAGUCGAAUUCUACCCAGCUCAGACACUGUAACCAUAAUAAUACUGGCCAACGAUAAUGUGGCAGGAAUAGUAGGAUUUCAUCCAGCCUCUCGUUCGGUCAUUGCAAGAGAAGGUGAAAGUGUGUCCCUGACAGUUUUGAGAACAGCUCCAGGUUUGGGUAAUGUUACUGUGGACUGGACUGUGCAAGGACCCCUUUCACACCGGUCCUUCACUCAAACCUCAGGGACACUUUUCUUCUCUGAGGGAGAACUAAAUGACACCAUAGAACUGCAGCUUCUGGAUGAUGCCACACCAGAAGACAAAGAUGAAUACAGAGUUUCAUUGUCCAACAUACAAACCUUUGGUGUUGCGGUCACAGGCCAUGCUGCACUGGACGUUCAGGGCACUGAAGCAGUGCUCACUGUGGACAUGAGUGAUGAGCCUUAUGGGCUGCUGACUAUUGCGCCGUCAUCUGUUAGGGUGACCACAGAGGAGCGGGAUCAAGUUAUAAAUAUCUACAUCAACAGAGAGUUUGGUUCCUCAGGAAUUGUCAAUAUUUCAUAUGAGGUUAUAAGAGGUUCAGUGCAGAACGUGUCUGAGGUGGAAGGGGCUCUGGCUGAACCGGGACAAGACUUCAUCACUGGCACUGGUUCUGUCAUCCUUCAGGAUGGACAAACUUCAGUUGCCAUUCCAGUGACUAUACUGGAGGAUGACAUUCCGGAGUUGCAGGAGUUCUUCCUGGUCAACAUAACAUCUGCAGUGCUCAUCACAACGCUUGCUGCCGUUCCACAAUUAGACACCCAGGGUUUAGUUUCAGAAGUGAGCAUUGCUGCUAAUGAUGGAAUUAGAGGGGUCAUCGAAUGGACUAACACCAUGUAUGAAGUGAAUGAAACAAUCGGAUUGUUGACUCUUGUGGCCUACAGGAACAAGGGGACAUAUGGGAAUGUCUCUCUUCUCUUCUUUGCUCAGAACUUGGAAGCUCAACAGGGGCUGGACUACAAUAUCAGUGAAACGGUGCUCCAUUUUGUUGAGGGUGAAAGGCAUAAAUUUGUGGAAGUGCAGAUCAUUGAUGAUGCCAUCCCCGAGGGAGCUGAGAGAUUCCAGCUUAUUCUGUCUAAACCUUCUCCUGGACUGGAGCUGGGCAUCAAUACCACAGCAACUGUGAAUAUCAUGACCAGUGAUGAUGGACAUGGUGUCAUUUCCUUCAAUGCCAGCGAACAUUUCCUGUUGAGAGAGCCCACCUCUGUGUCAGAGCUGAGUGACAGCGUGGCCACCCUUUAUGUUAUCCGGAGCCCUGAGGAGGGCACCUUUGGCACCGUGUCUGUUCAGUUCAGCAUCACUGAUGCCAACGGCAGCCUAGCUCAGGGAGAUCUGAUGCCCACGCAGGGUUUUGUGGUUCUGGAGGAUGGAGUCAGAUUUAAGAUGCUGGAAAUCAGGGCAGUACGUGACGCUGAACCUGAAGGGAACGAAACUUUCACAAUACUCCUGUCCGACCCGACUGGAGGAGCACGACUUGGUGACCAACUUCAGAUUCUCAUCACGGUCCUGGAGAAUGUGGCUCCAUCCGGCCUGUUCCGCAUUGGGCCUACUCUUAACAGAACCAGCACAGUGAUGGUUGCUGAUGAAGGUAGCAGCGCAGUCUUCCUCACUGUUUCUCGCAGUAAUGGUCUGGAAUCUGCAGUUAGUGUGGAGUGGGAGAUGCAGUCUGCCACUGCCACUGCCUACGGGGGUCCACUCCCAGUCAUGGGUGUUUAUCAGAGCUUUGAGGACACACCCACAUCUGCUUGGUGCUCCAUUCCCGAAAACCUUCCAUUUUUAGCCGUGAGGCUGGAUAAGAGAUCCAUGAUUGGAUCUUCCCACACUUUUGCCACUCUCUAUCGGUGGCAGGGUGUUUUUGUGCCUAUAGAGUCUGUAAGGGUCCAGGACCCAGCCUCCUGUGUUGGGUUUGCAGAACAAACUUUAGGUGUUGAAGCUCUGGAUGUGAAACACUUCUCGGACGAAGGCAGAGAUUACCUCAUUUCAUCAAGCCAGAUUUUUGUUUGGACCGCUGGCUCCUUUACACUCCACCAGACUCUUGACUUUGGACAGCGGUUUCUGAGCGUAACACCAUUCAUUCAUGCAGAUGCCACCUACCUGUUGGUGUGCAUUGACAGGCAGAAUGUGAGCUGCCAAGUGCUUCAGUGGACCGGCAGCAGAUUUCAGAACCCGCGGCCUCUGCUGCUCACAGGCCGAGUCAUUCAGGCAGAGGCAAUCACCACAAGGACAGAGAACACUCUCCUGUUGAUCGCAACCGAAGGUCUUUCUCCAACCUGUGAGGUGUUUCAGUGGAGUUUGGGAGAAUCUUCACCACAACUUUAUCAGUCCAUUCCUCAGCCUGGUCUCUCUUCUAUUCACUCCUUCACUGCUCCUUCUGGGAUCACUUUUGCCCUGCUAGCUGGAAGAAAUGGUUCAUCGCUCUUCUCCUGGAGGUCUGAUGUCAAUCUGUUCACUCUGAUCCUAAAGGGCCCUCCAGCCAUUAGCUUCCUCUCGUUAAUGGUCCCAUCCCUCAACAUCACAAAGAUCCUCCUGGCUUCUACCAAAGAGGAUAGUUCCACUGUCUAUGAAUUAACCUCCAUUUCAAAUCAGUCUGAUUUCAUACCCAGUUUUGGGGAGUUGCACUUUGCCCCAGGUGACAGCGAGCUGGAAAUAGCCGUGAACAUUGUAGAUGAUGACAUCCCUGAGGUGGAGGAGAACUUCCAGGUUAGGUUGAAGAAUCCAAAGGGUGGGGCUGAGAUUGGAUUUGGAGGUCAAGUGGAUGUUUAUAUCCCAACAAACGAUGAUGCCCAUGGAAUCAUUGGAUUUGCUCAGAUUACUUUGUCUGUGGAACGGAAAAGAGGGAGUUUUGGCAGGCUGACUGUCCACUGGGCUGCUAAUGGUAGUCUGGCUGACAUUUAUCCCACUUCAGGAGUGGUGACCUUCUCAGAGGGCCAAACAUUGGCCAUCAUCUCAAUGGCUGUCAUAGCAGAUGGUAUGCCAGAGCUGAAAGAGAGUGUCACAAUUACCCUGUUGGAUGUCACCACCCUGGGCAUUCAAGACCUGAGACAAGCUGCAGUCAUUGACAAGGAGCGGUCUCAGGCCCUGCUAACCAUAUUACCUAAUGGCUCUCCCUACGGUGUGGUUGGAUGGCAUCUGGACUCACAGUUUGCACUAACACAGGAACCACAAAGGAGUCCAAUCAACGUGACUCUUUCCAUUGUAAGAGAGCAGGGCUCCUCGGGUGAGGUGGCAAUCCAUUACCAGACCAAGCCAGCUCUGUACCGGCCUCCAUCCAACCAAGCCACUGCGAGAGAGGACUACUUAUCCAAAGAUGACACCAUUAUCAUGGUAGACGGUGCAACCGUGGCCCUUGUCACUGUCACAAUCUUACCAGAUGACAUUCCAGAGCUGGCAGAGAGUUUCCUGGUCAAUAUAACCGGAGUAGAGCUAGUAAGAGGGUCUGCAGGAGCUGGGCAGCCCAGUGUGAAGAGGCCUGGUAUGGAAGUGGCAGAGAUUACUAUUCAGGAGAAUGAUGAUCCCAGAGGGGUUCUACAGUUAAAUGUUUCUGAGGAUAUCCCAGAAAGUGUGUUGGCCUAUGAGAUACCACCACCAGACAACAUUUUCCAUCUGUCGGUGGUGCGACUUGCUGGAUCAACUGGAAGACUGGUCAUUUACUGGGAGGCUCAGCCAAUUACUGCUGAUCUUAGUGACUUCAGUCCCAUAUCAGGAAACAUCACCUUUCAGGAUGGCCAAAGAGAAGCCAAAAUUGCCAUCACCAUCAUUGAUGAUGAACUAGUUGAAACCUUAGAGACCUUCAGAGUGAAUUUGCUGCGUGUGAUUGGUGGUGCUCGUCUUGGACAAGUGACCUCAGCAACCAUUGGCAUUCCACCCAAUGACUCACCUCUCGGACGAUUUGGAUUUAAAGAGCUGGAGGUCUUAAUUAGUGAACCUGAGUUUGUGGAUGAUCCUGUUGCCAUGGCCACAAUAUCAGUGUUGCGUAGUGCUGGAGGUGAGGGUGCAGUGACACUCAUAUGGCAACUGGAAGGCCAAGCUAUAGAUGACCUUUCACCCAUUAAUGGAACUCUAAUCUUCACUGAGACGGAGUCUGUGAAGUCAUUCGUGAUUAGAGCUCUUGCAGAUGAUAUCUUGGAAGGAGAUGAACAUUUCACUUUACGAUUGUUUCCAGCUGACAGUGGGGCUGUCAUAGACCCUUUAAAUGACAUGGUCACUGUCACCAUUCGAGCCAACAAAGCCGCCAUGGGGAUUGUUGGAAUAUCUAAGUCAUCAAGGAACAUAAUUCUUGGAGAACCUCAAGGAGAUUAUAAUGGUAGUGCUGUGAUCAGUUUUGCACGAGGACCAGGUGUGUUUGGAGAGGUGCAGGUGUACUGGAAUAUAACUCCAGCUGUGGUUUCUCAGUUUGAAGCAAUAUCUGGUACUGUUACAAUGAGAGACGGGCAGUCACUGGCUACCAUUACUCUGAGGGUCCUGGAUGAUGAUCUCCCUGAGGAGAGAAAGGAGUACCAGCUGUCGCUCACCUCAGUUACAGCAGGACUGGAAAUAAGUCCAGAAGCUAGGCAUGCCAGGAUUACAAUGGCAGCUAGUGACAACCCGUAUGGCAUUUUCUCUUUCAUGCAGCUCCAGCUCAGGGCAACGGAGGAGAGGGCACUGUUAAAUGUGACUGUGAAUCGCUCCUUUGGAAGUUUCGGCAGUGUGUUGGUGACCUAUGAGACCUCAGAAAACACAGCUGUUAGCGGAUUGGACUUUGUUCCAGCUUCAGGACGUCUGCUGUUUAGCCCAGGCCAAAGCUCACAGCAAGUCACGCUGCAUAUCCAGGACGACAGUCUUCCAGAGGGGCCUGAGAUGUUUUUUCUUAACAUCACUGACGUAGAGCUGCUCAAUACCAGUGCUGUGGACUACACAAUAAGAGAGUCUGGACUACAGCUGGACCAGCCUCCCGCUUUAGGCAACAUCUCCUCUGUUGUUGUGAUUAUACUGCAGAAUGACAAUGUUGAGGGCAUCCUGGAGUUCUCACAGGACUUUAUUAACUUAACAGUUGAGGAAGAUGUGGGAUCUGUCUUGAUCCCAGUGGUGAGGAGAGUGGGAUCUUUUGGAAUGGUUUCUGCUGACUUUAUAUCAAGGGGCUUGAGUGCAACCCCUGCCCUCGACUAUAUCCUGAAUAAUGGCUCAGUGACGUUUGUCAACGGCCAGAAUAUCAGCUUCAUAAACAUCACUGUUAUAGACGAUCUCCACAGUGAGCAAGCAGAGACAUUUGAGGUCCUGCUGGUUGGAGCUACAGGAGGAGCUGUUUUAGGCUCCCACAAUGUUGCAAGGGUAACAAUUGGCAAGAGUGACUCUCCAAGUGGGGUGGUUCGUUUUGUCAAUGACAGUUUGAUCACUGUGACGAACCCCAACUCCACUCUGAAGCUCAGCCUUGUUUUGGAGAGAGCAGGAGGCCUUUUGGGAAAUGCAACGGUUGCUUGGAUCAUCCUUGGCCCUAACAGUAGGGAGGCCCUUCCUCCGCUUAAUACUGACAUCAGAGCGCCUGUGAAUGGAUCCUUCUUCUUCAGGGAUGGAGAGGAGGGUAUAGGCACCAUAGAACUGCGGAUUCUCCCCCACGGUGAAGUGGAAGUGGAGGAGACAUUUGUUGUAGAGCUCAGCAUUCUUUCUGGAGAGAUGGAUGUUGAUCCUCAGGCCAGUUCUGUAACAUUGAAGAUAGAAAAGUUUGGUGACCCAAACGGUAUCGUCCACUUCACUGACAAUGCCCUUAGAGAGCGUGUCAUCAAUGAAUCCACAGAAUUAGAGGGCCCUCUCAAUAUUUCUCUUCUGAUUACACGCAGAGAGGGUGUCAUGGGCAACAUCAAGGUCCACUGGCAGAUUCAAAGUGACUCAGAUGUAACGGGUGACUUCCUCACCCUAGCUGGUUCCGUGAUUAUACUGGAAGGCCAAAGGGAGGCAGAGAUUCUUCUUAGCUUGAUGCCUGACACGGUGCCAGAGCUUGAGGAGCUUUACCAUGUUCAGCUCACAGCUGUAGAGGGUGGUGCGAGUCUAGAUGCUGACCCAAACCGGAUCAGAGCUGCCAUCAGGGUCCCUGCAAAUGACGAGCCCCACGGCGUGUUUUUCCUGAACCCCGAACAACAGUCUGUGGUGAUUGUGGGCUCUGGCUCCGAAGUCACCAGAGCUCUGGUUGUGAAUGUAACCCGUCUUGCCGGCCUGUUUGGCAAUGUUAGUGUGGGUUACAGGAUCAGUGGAGGUGUAGAUGAAAUGAUGGACAUUGAUGAGAUAUUCGGAGGAAAAGCUGAAGGAAGGCUUCUUCUGAGAGAGGGACAGCCCUUCAAUACAAUCACUGUGCCCAUUAGCAACCAGGUGUUUUUGGCCUUUGGGUCAAGCUUUACAGCAGAGCUCACUGACGUUAGACUCGUCAGUGAUAUCCAAGGCUCCGUGCCGCGCCUUCUUCAAGAAGCCAGCACUGCUACAGUGACCGUACCCGAGGAAGCUGCCAGCUCUGAGGUUGGCUUUGCUUCACUGGCUCUGCAUGUUUUAAGCAUAGAAACGGGGGCAUGCGAAGCAAAGGUGACACGAACGGGGUCAUUUGGAGACAUCAAUGUGCAGUGGAAAGCUGGAUAUCCUUCAGGACAGGCUCCACCCGGCCUUCCAAGUGGGAAAAUAGUCCCAAACUCUGGCUCACUAACUCUGCCCCAUGGAGAGAAGUCCAGCACCAUUCAUUUUGCAGCUGUUGCUGAUGCAUUGGAAGCAGCUUCCUAUGCUGUACAUCUUACAGCUGCUACUUCCAGCACUGCCACAAGUGGUGCUUUUGCUCAAGAGUCUCGCCAGCUCGUUAUUGCAGAGGACAUCCAAACUAUCACGCUUUAUGUUCAGAGACUUUAUGGUUCUCGUAGUAACACCACCCAAGUGUCCUAUGCCACAGUCGAUGGCACUGCAGCAGCAGGGGAAGACUUUGUUCCUGUGCCAAACGGACGUUUAAUCUUUGACUCGCCUCACCAAACCAACACGUCUUUCCGUCUUUCAAUACUUGAUGACUCCCUCUCAGAACCCGAUGAGUACUUUCAAGUAAACUUAACAAAUGUUCAGGUCUUUACCACUGACCCAGUCUGGGUAAGCACGCCUCCCCGCCUCAGCCCUGAGCACCGUUUGGCCACCGUCACAAUCCUGGCAAGUGAUGCCACUGGGGGAGUUCUGAGCAUUGGACCAGGCCUUGUCCAGGUACCAGAGGACCAAGAUGAGGCUGCACAAGAGGAGCAGAGGGUCGUUCUGAGGGUGCGCAGGUCAGACAGUGUUGCAGGGCCUGUGAGUGUUCGAGUCCAAGCAUAUGGAGAUGGCAGCGAAAUACCCCCGCCAUUUUCUCUGGAUAUUGCUGGGACCCUUGCAAAAGAAGAGCAGGACUUCCGGUUGGAGUCAACUGUAGUGUCCCUAGAGGCUGGUGAGGAUGAGACGGAAGUUAUUCUCGUCAUCCUGGAUGACUCGGAGCCUGAGGGACCAGAAGUGUUCUUCAUCUACCUUAGCGAUCCGAGUGGAGGAGCUCAGAUCACAGACAGUCCAAACCAGGGCUUUGGUGCUUUUGUCAAGAUCACUAUCCUGGGCAGUGAUUUCCAUAAUGGAAUUAUAGGGUUUAGUUUGAGCUCUCUGAUGGGCCAAUUCUUGGAUGAGGAUUCAGAGAACAGAACUGCUCUGCUCUAUCUACAGAGACAAGAAAACAGAGCCUUUGAGGAUUUGCAGGUCUCCUGGAGAGCUUCAUUCAGCAGGGAUUCUCCGAGUCUUGUCAGUAAUGGAAUGGACUUAGCCACGCAGCUUUUGCAGACCUCAGGAACAGUGAUCUGUAAGAGAGGAGAAACAGUCUGUGUCCUCACUCUGGAAGUUCAGGACGAUGAGGAACCAGAGUACCAAGCAUGGUUCUUGGUAGAGAUUUAUCAAGUGGGUGCUGGAGCUGCUAUUAAUGAGACCACACGUUAUGCCAACAUCACUUUACUAGAGAGCGACAACCCACGAGGCGUUGUGUACUUUCCCGUCGGCCAUAGACUGCCUGUCGCCACCCUGAUGACAACAAAGCUCAGUCUGCAGGUCUACAGACAAGGAAGCACAGCCACACCCAUGUCUCUGCAAUAUCGCACCGUGGAGCUUCCAAGGCCUGAGAUGGUGGGUCCCUAUGUGAUCUGGGACGCAAAAGAAGGGAUGGACUUCCCUAAACAAGAGGGCCAAGUAAUCUUUGAUGUUGGGCGCCAGGUCACGUCACUAGACAUAUUCCUGACACCUGAUCUGGCCUCAUCCUCACCCACGCCAAAACGCUUCCAGGUGGAGCUCCACAGUCCCACAGGGGGAGCCAGUGUGCACUCCCAGUUUGGACUCGCUAAUGUGACUCUGGUAUCAAAUGCAGCAAGUGAAUCUGUGUGGGCCUUAUUGGACCAGCUGCAUCAGCCUCUUGACUCAACUAUAUUAGAUCGGAUGCUGCAAGGACUUAAGAAUAAGGUUGUUCCACCUCUCACACGUGAGCAGAUGACUGCUGUGCUUGAAGCUCUGGAUAAGGUGCUCACAGAGGCAGAGCAGAUUCCUUUACAGAGCAGCAGCAGGAAUUUGACCUACAACCUGUUGUGCUCUCUGGCAAAUCCCACCCGAGUUGACACCCGAGGCCUCGUCCACCUUGCUGAAGUAGCAGAGCGGUUUGCAUUUUCCCUGCUCACACACAGCCAGUGUGAGAUAAUGGGGUUCAUCCUGGAGACAUGCCCAUAUAUGACCAUGUCAGCCUUCCAGUGGUACCCCACACAAAUUAAUGGACACAAAUUCAGGGGCCAAAAUGGAGACUUCUUCCAGCUUCCAGAUACACUGCUACCAGUGCCAGCAGUCCCCACAGAAGUCUGUGGCAACCUCAGCAGGAUUCAGAUGACCGAAUUUAGAACGGAGCACUGGUUUCUCACGAAUGACAUAUUCACAGCUGUCAGUGGGAAGGUAUUCUCGACCAGCCUCCGGGACAGGGGGUCACGACCCCUGGAGGAUGGCAGUGAGGUGGUAUAUCGAAUCCAUUCCCCUGGUCAGCAGAUUAAGCCAGGAGAGUCUGUGUGCCUUCUUUGGAACCUGACCACUGGAAGCUGGUCAUCGGAUAGUCAGUACUGCAGAGUUGUGAAAGAGAGUGGGAAUUAUGUGGAGUGUGCAUGCUCCCACUUGUCUAUAUAUGCAGCCCAUGCUGAGUUUGUCAUGCUUGCAUCCUACAAUGAGGCUUUCUACACCUCAGGAUUUAUCUGCAUCUCAGGGUUUGCGUUGGCCAUCAUUUCUCAUGUGCUGUGCUCCCGUUUCCCCAUGUUUGCUGCCAAACUGCUCACCCAUAUGAUGGUGGGUUGUCUUGGAACUCAGGUAAUUCACUUUUUGGAUCUUCCUUUUUCUUUGUAAAAAUGCAAUGUUUUGCAUGAGACUUUGGCAUUUUUCCCUGUUUGCAUACCCUGGUUAUUUUAGUGGUCUUAAAUGUAAACGGCUGCAGAUACUCAUGGAAUUCCUGGAAA